AUGACUGGACUACUUCGACUUCCGCCGGAACUGCUUUCUCGAAUAGUCGAUCUUGUUGCUAUCGGUGACAAUCUUGAGACCGACCCUGGUGAAGAUGAGUCCAUCAGCCACGACUGCAACGACAAACAUAUUAUCUCCAAUGAUCCGCCAUCUUCGAGCCUGAGUCGUCAGCAUGGUAUGCUUGCCAUGAUUCCGCGUCCAGACGUUUCUAGCUUGCGCAGUUUGCGCCUGAUCUCUAGACACUUUUCUCGUGUAUGCGAAACACACUUAUAUCGUUGUGUGCGGCUUCUGCCAACAGAGCAAUCUGCUGUACACUACAGCGGUACUCUCGCCACACCUAAUCUGUCUCAGCAGGUGCAAAAGAUUGUCUUCCAGACGAGGAUGGAGCCUGCGAGUAGCACAUCACCUUGGGCCAGUCAUGAACCUGGCCCCGGAGAUGACUAUGAAGAGCCCCAUCAAUUCUUUUUGGAAGCUUUAGAGCAAGUCGGUCGGUUUCCCAAUCUUACACAUGUGGAGCUAGUGUUUUCAGCCGAGUGCUUCGGUCCGUCAUGGGACCAUGAGGACGAGGGAGUAGAAACCAUGGAAUUCAGGGAACAGGUUUUGAGUUCCUUUUAUGCUGGUCUCAACCAUCGCGAACAUUCUGCCAACAAGGUCUACAACCUGAGCAUCAAGAACUUGCAGGACUAUACUCCGCAAGCUCUGAUCGAUAACGCCGAAGAUGAGGACUCAAGAUUCAAAGCAGACUUUGAGCAGGUCGUGUCACGUAUCACCCAUUACAGCCUCGAGGUUGUCACAGAGUACGACAGUGCUGCACCAGAAAACUUGUUGGAUAUUCACGAGAGCCAUAAUUUCUUUGGUCAUGAACUACAGACCUACUGA